CAUGACAUCACCAGCCGGGAGACAUGCAACUCGCUGGCUGCCUGGCUGACCGCCGUCCGCACUCCAGCCAGCCCCAAUAUCGUAGUCAUCCUCUGUGGGAACAAGAAAGACCUGGACCCUGAGCGUGAGGUCACUUUCCUGGAGGCCUCCCACUUUGCCCAGGAGAACGAGCUGAUAUUCUUGGAAACGAGCGCUCUCUGGGGUGAGAACGUGGAGGAGGCCUUCCUGAAGUGCGACUGCACCAUCCUCAACAAGAUCGACCCAGGCAAGCUGGACCCGGAGAGGAUGGGCUCAGGCAUCCAGUAUGGCGACGCCUCACUUCACCCGCUGUGGCAGCCGCGGAGCGCCCAGGCUGUGACCCCUCAGCCCGGUGGCUGCUGA